AUGGAGAAUGGAAAGAAGAGCAUGGCCGUUUUGGUUGGAUGUAAUUACCCAAACACCAACAACGAGUUGCAUGGUUGCAUUAAUGAUGUCUUAGCCAUGAGAGAUGUGCUUAUCAACCGAUUUGGGUUGGACCCUAGCCAUAUCCAGCUCCUAACUGAUGCACCUGCACCUGGGUCCUCAUCAUCGUCAUCACUGGUCAUGCCGACUGGUGCUAACAUAAAGAAGGCUCUUGAUCAGAUGGUUGAUCAGGCUCAACCAGGAGAUCUCCUGUAUUUCCAUUACAGUGGACAUGGAACAAGAAUCCCUUCUCUGAAGCCUGGCCAUCUCUUUAGGCAGGACGAGGCUAUUGUCCCCUGUGACUUCAAUCUCAUCACAGAUAUGGACUUCAGGCAACUAGUGAACCGGCUACCAAAGGGAGCAAGCUUCACAAUUCUUUCAGAUUCAUGCCACAGUGGUGGUCUCAUUGACAAAGAGAAAGAACAAAUCGGGCCUAAUUCACUAAUCACAGCUGAUCCAAAAAUGCAAACCUCUCAUAAACCUAAAGCCAUCUCAUUUGAAUCAAUACUCCAACACUUGACAUCCCUCACAGGCAUAAACACAACUGAUAUUGGCACUCAGUUGUUAGAGUGCUUUGGAGCCAAUGCCAGCUUAAAAUUCAGACUUCCGAGGCUUGAAUUCGAUAAUUUUCUUGAAUUGUUGAAGCCUGAUGAUGGAAUUUUGUUAAGUGGGUGCCAAGCAAAUGAGACUUCAGCAGAUAUGAACCCAGUUGAGAGUGGAGGAAAAGCUUAUGGAGCAUUUAGCAAUGCAGUGCAACUGGUAUUGAAAGAGCAAUCUGAUCAAUUGAUUAGUAAUAGGCAGGUGGUGAUGUUGGCUAGAAAGGUGUUAGAGGCACAAGGGUUUGAGCAGCAUCCUUGCUUGUAUUGCAGUGAUGAGAAUGCUGAUGCUGCUUUCUUGUGGCAGCCGGAGAGCCAGAGCUAGAGCUAGCUCAUGUUUAUUUAUGUAUGAUGGUCUUGCUGUGUUUGUCGCCCCAGAGCAAUUGCUUUGUUGAAUUAAUAAUCACUUGGUAAUAAUUAAUAAAAGUGGCAAUUUAAUAUGGUCAA